GCUUUUCGACUCAGCGGAAAAUUACUGAUUUGGAACUAAAGUCAACAUAUGAACAAGAAAAAUGCAAAUUUGAGGUCAAAAUCGUCAUUCAGAUUUAUGUAAAGUUUGCACUUUCUUAGCUUCUUCCAGCAUCAUACGGCAAGUUUGGUCAGAAAUAUCUGUUAUUAUAAGUGUAGCGUCGAAUCAUGGAUUCAAAGACCUCAUGUACAAUCGUUUGCGGCAUAAUUGUAUGUGCGAUAAUCUUCAUAUCGGCUAUGGUGGGGACAUCACUUCGCAAACUGGAUACGGACGAAGUGGGUGUAGCCUACAAUAUCCAUCAAAAAACACUGUCAAGUACCGUGAAGCGGGAAGGUCUCCACGCAGGCGCACCAGGUUACAAAUUCAUCAUUUUCAAGAGUGUGUUCCAGACCAUUACAUAUCCUGCGCUGAAGUGCUUUAACAAAGAUGGCGUUCUAAUCGAGCUUAACAUCAAGCUUCAGUACCGAGCCCGACCUAAUAACAUCGUAGAGAUCAUAAAGCAGUUUAAGGACAGCGAAGAUUAUCUGGAUAUUCUCAAGAGCAUUGGCGAGUCCUCUAUACAUGAUGCCUGUAGCGGCUUUAACACAACUCAGCUGCAGUCACAACGAGCCUCGUUUCAGGACCUCGUCCGAAAUACCCUGGGACGGCGAUUUUCUACCUUGUGGGCUGACGUGGAAGAUCUUCAGGUUCAAAACAUAAAGCGACCGGAAACAUACGAAGAGGUUGUAAGAAACAAGGAGGCCGCGAAAGAAAACAUCAAGGUUGCUGAAAACCAGCGCCCGCGGCUAUUGGUUGAGGCGAAGACAGAUAGAGAGGAAGCGCUUGCGCAGGCACAGAUUACAAUCCAGCGCGCGGAAUCCGCGGCCAGGGUGCUUUUAUCCAAAGCUCGCGCUGAGGCGGAGAGUAUCCGAGCAGCUUACGAAGCCGAGGCUCAGGCAUUCCUGAAACUAAAGCAAGACAGUCUGAACACCACUGCUGGCUUGUUGUCAUAUAUGGGAGUGAGGGCAAUUUCAGAGAACAACAAGACUGUCAAUGUCGCCAUUGAUGCUCCCGCCAAAACCAAGUACACCUACAUUUAAAUCGGGAGCGUAGAGGGAUUGGAAGCGACCAUUCGCACCACUUUUUACUCUGGUCUACUCUCGGUAUCUUUCUUUCGCUGCUAUUAUUAAGUAGACCUCCAGCCAUUUCAUACUAUUGUAAAGUAUUGUACGAUAGUUCAGCUAAUCAGAUUGUAACAUUAACAUAUUGUGGAUGUUUUCCCAACUCAAGUUGUUUAAUUGUUUUCGUUAGGAAAAUUAAAAUGCAGAGCUAGAACUGGAAGUGUCACGUCUUCUCCAGGUCAUAGUGCCUUAAACACAUUCGUAAAGUUUAAUCUUUGCGAUCAUAUUUCGUCUCCAUCAUCAACCCGUUGCCUUUCUCUGUCAAUGUGCAUUCUCGCUCCCAGAGCUAAACGCUUUUCUAUCAAAGGGUCUGGGGACGAGAAUGAUUGGUUUUAUGGCCGACGGUCGUUCGCCGUCCUGAGAUUUUUUUGUUUUCUUUCUCAUGCUUCUAUUGCGACUUAGUUUGCCCCUAUUGAUGUAGCGUGAACUAUUGCAAUACUCAGCAGGGUAUUCAAAAUUAACAUAAAACCGAGCAGAAUAACUGUAGUAAAACCAUAAUUGCGGGCAUAACCGUCACUUUUUUUGUGUUUUUACUGACGAGCACUGCAGCAGAGCAGUUUGCGAGCAGAGUUUAUCCCAGCGUGUCUAAAGUUGCCUGGUAGCAUUGUCUGCUUUUGUUCCAUGUGUUCUUCACCUUGAAAAACAAAAUUCAAGUUUAAUCCGACAUUUUGUGAACAUCCGCGAGGUGCGAAACGUUACCAUUUUUUUUUUCAAAGUUAUCAGCCAAUCAAAGAGCGGAAAAACCACACGUGCAAUCUUCUGCACCAUGUGGCUUUUUCCGGCGUCUCCGCCUUCCAGACUAUAAACUUGUUUGUGAUUGGCCCAGCCGACAAUAGCAAAAUAAACAGUUAGCUGUCUGUUGAAAAUCGAACAAUGUUCCGGAAUAAAGUUUUGAUGGAACGUUCCAUCAAAACUUUAUCCUGCGUCAACGCGACGGUUGAAUACAUUCCAAGAAAGAUCUGACGCUAUUUAAACAUAUGUUUACUGAUUUCUCGCCCUAGGCGAUGCAGACAACUCCAGGAGUUAGCCAAUCUGUUCACUGUUGUCACUGUCUGAUAUUUUCACGCGAUUUGUUAGUUUUGUAUAAUCAGUAACGACUUUUGCACGAGGUAAACUAAUCAACUGACACACAGUAUUGUCUCACGCGGCUUGCAGCUAGUGUUGGCUUCUGCGGAAAUAACUGAAAGUGCAGUCUUUGAUUUACAUAUACCGCGUAAGCAUUUUUUAAAAUAAAUCUAGCACUCAUGAAAUGUACCCAGUUACUAAAUGUUCACAGCAGUUUUAUUGAAACGCUAGACCUAAACACGUGACACUCCUCGCGUUUGAACUGUACGUUUGAGAGGGGAAGUAAAUAACUUGUAAAUAUUCGUUAGGGUUAGAGGUUUUUAAGCCUGAUCACAUGAUAUUUUCUGCGGUAGGGCCACAAGCUUGUUAUUAAUCAAAACUUCAUUAACUCAGACCAUUACUUGGGAAAACAUGCCGUUGGGGUUUAACACUAACUCAGAUUUAAUGGAGAAGGAAACAACACUUGAAAACCACACGGCGUCUUCAUGGUCGACGAACAAACCAAAUCAUGUUGUCAGAGUUUGAGGGUGGUGUGUUAAUAAAAAAAAAUUGUAAAUUGACUUUGUACCUUAAGAAUCUGGCUCCGUGUGUAGCAAAAAUUCUAAUUUGCAAACUAGAAUAGCAACUUCGAAGUCUGAUAGUGCAUAUUUACAAACUGAAUUAUUUUUCCCAUCGACUUUUCAGCUGAUUUGUUAGCUUGUUUAAGUGAAGGGUAUAAUAUCUGGUGUGCUUGUUUUUGUUGUCAAGGAGACUAACUUCAUAUUGUACAUUCG